AUGGAAGAUAAACAACGAAAUAAUACAUUUACUAGAAGUGUUGCAAACUAUUUUCAUAAGCAUAAUGACGAAAUAAACAUAAAUUAUGAAAAAGACGAUAUCACUACGAAUAAGGAAGUUUAUCAAAUUGAACUUUGUCUAGAUGGAAAAUUUGCUGCUACAUUCGAUACAGCAAACCUUCGGAUCAAAAUAUUGCAGAAUACUGAUUAUCGUCCAUUUAUAUUCAAUAAGAAAAAGAAUUUCAGAAAUGAAUUUGAAGAAUCCGUCGAAAUUGAUAAAACAAUCGCUUAUUUUAAAAUAAAAGAUGAUUUUAGUAUUGACAAGCUCUACGACCAUGACCCUCCUCUAUUUCAUGGUGAUGAAAAAGGAAUCAAACAAGAUAAUUUUGGAUGGUCUUUUGAUAUAUCAAAUAUGCACAAGAAUAAUGGCAAAUAUUUUAUUUUUGUCGCCGUAUCCCGCAUAAACAUUGAAGAGGAUAUGAAAGGAAAGAAUAAGUAUGAGGAUAUAAAAGGAAAUGAUAAGCAGAAAAAGGAUGAUAAUGGAAAAUCUGAUUAUGUAAGAGAACCAUUUAGCAAAAAGAUAUUUAAAUGUCCUACACCACCUAAAGAACAUGAAAAUACAGUAAAUAUAUCACCUGACGAUGAAAAUAAAAUAAAUAUAUCACCAACUAACGAAAAUAUUACCGCAACUAGUAACACAACAGAUGAAAGUAAAAAAGGAGUCGCUAUUUAUCGUAUUGAAUUAAAUAAAUGUCAAAAAAAAAAGAAUGAAAAUGGAGAGGAUGUAAAUGAAGAGAAGGAAAAUGAGGAGAAAGAAAAAGUUAAUUAUGUUCUUAUCGCUGUGACUUGUUAUUCUUAUAACAAAAUUUCAGGAAUAUGUAAAUUCAUUGAAGCUUCAAAUGAUGAUGAUUUAAGUAAAGAUGAUUCAAGUAAAGAUGAUUCAAGUGAAUACAAUUCAUACAAUCCUGAACUAAGAAGAUUUAUAAUAUUGAAUUUCCGUGGAAUAUAUAAUAUUGAAUUUAAUGAUGAUUUUGAUUUUUUGAAAUUGAAUGAAAAAUUUGAAUAUCCACAAAAUAUUAGAUUUGUAUUAGAUAAUUGGCUUACAUUUGCUGAAUUUGCUGAUUGUACAAAUAGACUUCUUUCAUGUAUUUACGAUAAAUAUUUUUUGUUUACACGACAUAAUAAUGGCGUGCAAUCGCUUGAAGUUUAUGAUCUGGCAAAAAUGGAACAUAAAGUUAAUGCAAUAUUUGUUGAAAAUAUCGUAAAUGAAUAUAUUAUAUAUUUUUUUUCAGUUAGUAGGUUGCAACUUUGCUUUACUCAAGUUAAUAUUGUUAAAUUUUUUCAUAUAGAAAAUGGCUUGCAAAUCGCAUCAAAAAAAUUUGAAGAACUAGAAAGAAUUUAUUUGUUGGAAUUUAUUGAUAGUGAUAAAAAAUUACUUAUAAUAGGCGAAGGCCAAGGUCUAAAAGAAGGCAAAGAUCAAAAAGUCGAGGGUCUAGAAGUAGGAGAAGAUCUGGAAAAAGGCAAAGAUCAAGAAAGUAACAAAGAUAAGGAAGUAAAGUUUAUAAUUUGGGAUCUGUACAAUACCGGAGAACAUGAAUUAUUAGUGGAGUUAGACGACUUUCCAAUUACUAAAACUAACAUGGAUGAUAUUUACACUCGUUUAGCCAUAACUUCGGGAAAUAUUUUACAAAUCAAUGAUUAUGGAAAAGUUUCAUCGGUUCUUAAAAAUGUUGAAAAUAAAAUCAAUAAGAAAAAAUUAGAUAAAGCUGCAGGUCCAAAUAUAAUUUUAAAGGACGUUUGUGGAAAGUUAAAUGGAAAAGAGGAUAAAAAUCAUAAAUUAUAUUACGAUAAAAAUAUAAAUUUUAAACAAAUAGUUAAUGACAUAGAGCCAUGGUUAUCGGGUGGUAAUAAAAGGACUUCUUAUUGUCUUUAUUAUAAUGAAAAAGGAACAGAAACAGAAACUUUACAGCUUAUUGUUAGUAGAUCAACUGUUCAAAUUUGGCAUCAAAUAAAUGAUAGUAAAAACAAAUUUGAGCUUCCUAACAAAGGGGAAGCCUUUCUUGAAUAUAUAUGGUCAAAUCGUAUUCCAGUAAAGCAAGAAAGAGAGAAAACGAGAUUGAGAAUUGAAAAGUUUGAAUAUGGACCAAAUUAUGGAUCAAAUAAUAGAACAAGUGAUUUUUAUUUAAAGGUUUAUUGGUUUGAAAGAAAUGAUAGCUUAAAACCGGAAGAACAUACAAAAAUGACAGAGCAUGAAAUAAUAAAGAAAGAAAACGAUGAAAUAGAUGAAAUAGAAGAUAAGAUAAAAAAGAUUAAUGAAAACAAAGUCAUAGACGAAGUAGAAAAAAAGAAAAAAAGACAAGAAAUAAUAAAUAAUUGUGUAAUGGUAAAAAUACGAGAAAAAGUGAUUCAAGGAAAAGAUUUUAUUAAAAAAUCUCAUGCAGCAAGACACGCUUGCAAAGCACUAGAACAUAUAAGAAAACGUUAUAGAAGUACUAAAAAUGAUGAGAAUAAUUAUAAAUAUGAGAGGUUGACUAACUAUAUCGAACAUAUAAUCUGGAGAUUUGCUAAAUAUGAACCAGAAAAUUUCAGAUUAUUAGAUAUUCGAUAUAAUCUUAUGAAAAGUUUAAUACUUGCUGAUUGUGAUCGUUUAAUAAAAUUUAUAUUAUUUGGAUAUGAAGAAACUGCCAAAAAUAAAAUUGAUUACAGACAUGUGCCAAGUAAUAAAUUAUGGCCAGGAAAAAAGUUUUUAAAAGAUGAUGACCUUGCCUUUUUCAAAAGAGAUGAUGAGCUAAAAAAGCCAAAAAAUAAUAUGGAACUAGCAAUUUAUUAUUGUAGAGGCCGUGAUCAAAAAGAUACGAUUAUUGUCGCAUAUCUUUUGGAAUACUAUUCUAGAAAUCCAACAAAUUGCGUGGGUUGGAUGUGUACCGUUUCUAAGGCAAUUCCUUUAUUAUUUGAAAAUAAAUAUGACGAUUAUGCUAGAAAAGUAUUUAUUAGAUGUUUUGCAGAUCAGGGUCACUUCUCGGGUCAAGAUCCUGAUGAAAUUAUUACGGAAGGAUACCUAGAAAGUUACAAUUAUAGUGACACAAAAUUUAGAGCGUUCACACCUAUGGUCAGGCUGAUGUCUGAUAAACCUAAGUGGUACAAUAAUUGGAUUUGGGACAAAUUUAAACAUUUCAAAAGUAUAUUCAAAGAAAGUAAAAACUUCGAAAAAUCAUUAUUAGCUUUACGAGUGAUUCCCUUUCCUGGUUUUAGUGUAAAUAGAAUUCCAAAAGAAGAAAUAGAAUUUACUUCUAUAAAAUUUAUUUUUAGUGUUUUUCUAUUCUUAUUUAUACCACGAAGAUACGAGAUUAGUCAUAAUGAUAUGACUAAGUUAAGUCCUUUUUCUAAGACGAUACUAUAUUCUAUAUCUUCGUCUAAUGCCGGGUUUGUGCUGCUUAGAAAUCCCACGAAUAUUAAGACCAAAGAUUCUACAUAUAGUGGAGUUGCUACAAAUUCUUUAACCAAUGAGACACUUGAUAUUAAACUUAAGUCUGAUUUUGAUCCUAUGUCUAGUGAUAAUCCAUUCACAUCUUUUACUAAAGCAAUGAUGGCUACAUAUUUUUGGAUUAAUGGUGAUUGGGUUCAAAGAGAUGAGUUUGAUUAUUGGGCUGUUGAUGUACUUACUGUGAUUGCUAGCAUAUUUCUUGUAAUCGUUUUACAAAAUAUGGUGAUUGCUUAUAUGAGUAAUGUAUAUGAAGAUGUCAUAGCUAAAAGUAGACAAAUUUUAUUAAGGCUCCAAGCAAAUUUCAUAUCAGAUUAUGAAGCAUUACAACAUUUUCAUUUUUCGAAACCUGGACCUGAACCAAAACAUAUUUAUUACUUUAGUCAAGCUGACUAUUUUGAAAAGUGGUAUAAUACAAGGAGUGAUAAUGAUAAGGGACCUAUCUAUAAAAGUUUUGAAAUCAACUCUACACUUACGUUAAGUAGUAAUUUUAUAGUAAAUGAUUAUGACAAAUAUUCAUUUUUAACAUAUAAUGAUAAUAUUAAAAUUGUUGUUGAAGAUUUUAUUAAAUCAGUGAAUGAUAAUACUGAGAAUUUGAUUAAAAGAGCUAUUGAUAAAAAUUCAAUUGAAAAAAUUGAUGAUGUGAAAAUUGAUAUGGAUCGUAUAUUAGAAAGAUUGAAGAAACAAUUUUCGUAA